GUAAUCUUACGUCUCUGCUGCUGCAGCAGCGAGAGCAGAACAGAGAACAAGGAAGCAACAUGUGCUGACCAUAAUAACUCCAACACAUCAGCACAGACAGCCACGAGACAAGAGACAAGGAGCCGAGGGCACUGACUGCUGGGGAUUCACAGACUGGACACGUUAUUGUUUUUAAAUCUCACCAUGAAAAGAGAGGUGGAGGCUGGAGUCAACUUCCUGAAACGCCUGGCUGUGGCACAUGGCAAGCUCAGUGAAGCCAAAGCAGACAUGUUUUCUGAAAAGCUACAGAAACUUUUAUGCAACAAAUAUGAUGACCACUGGUACCCUGACUGCCCCAGCAAAGGCCAGGCAUACAGAUGCAUCCGGAUGAAUAACGGAGUACCUUGUGAUGAAGUGAUCCUGAAGGCAUGUGAGGAGAGUGAGCUCACACCCAGUGAACUAAGCCUUCCGUCUGAGUUAACACUGUGGAUCGACCCACUGGAGGUGUGUGCAAGAUCUGCAGAGAAAGGCCGGCCCUUCACAGUAGCCUGUUUUGAAAAGGAACCUGUGGAGGGAAAACAAGCUGACUCCUCAGUGGACUCCAUAAAUAUGGACACGUCAGACUACCACUCUGCUACCUCUUCGGAUUGUGGUUCCUCUGCGUCGAGCGACACAGAGGAGGAGGCAAAAGAUGGUGAGACAAAAGGAGUGCAAGAAAAAGAAGAGAAGGAGGUCGUCAAGCAGGAAACGACAGGAGGCAACACCUACACGGUAGCAAUGAUGCCCAGGAUUCGGAAGCGAAACGGAGAAGGACAGCAUACAGUCAAAUACAUGAGAAAUAUGCUCCCUUCCAGUCUCCAGUACUUCUACCACCCUGCUCCGGUUUGGCCUCAGUACAAGAAGGGCGCUCCAGUGUUUCUCAACGCAGUGUGCACACCUCCGCCCCCUCCACCACCGCCCCAGCAGGUAUUUGGCUACUACAUCUUGCCGCAGCCGUCUCCGCAGUUCAUUCUGCCUCAGGCCACGCUGCAGCCGUGGGGAGCUGUGAAGGGUUAGACCGUCCAGGAAGUGUGGCGUGAAGGUGGAUGGAGCAUUACAAGCUCCUUCAACGGAGCCAUGUCGUGUCAGUUCUCUGAGUUCAGCUAAACUUGGGCUAAUUAGUUUUUAACUGUAUAGCUUAAAGUUAUUCUUUGUACAACCUUUUAAUGAUUCCUCUUUCCUUUUUUAAUUUCUGGUGACUUGUAAUUGAUGGCUUAUACUCUGGACUGAAACUGAACUGGAGUGAAAAACUAUUUUUAAAAUCUGUCAGGUCUUCACUGCUGAUUUUUUAAUGUACUGUACACGUUAAGAAUGACUUCAAUCACUGGGUGCUUGGACUAACUCAGGAACUCUCAGCAAUAUCCUUAAUACCAAAUAAUUGUCUCUUCAGGUGUUUAUGUCUGUUAUGUAUGUUAAUCCCUUUCUCAGUUCUCUCACCAAAAUGGUAGAAGUCUGCACGCCACUGUUAAUCAAUGUAAAAUGUGAUUCAGGGGAUUCAUCUAUUGUAGCUAAAGUGACAAUAUCUGUAUAUUAAGAAGAAUAUUUUUACUAAACUGCUUGUAAAUAAUACAGAACUUGGAUACCGUAGGCUGACUCGCACUUUCUAAUCUUCUCGUCUUUUAGUUGUAAUUUAUUUCGCCACCAGUGGAUGGCACUCAACUCAUAGCUAACACAUGAAAUUAUAUAUUUUUGUAACAACAGUAGAUGCUGCCUUGUGCAAAUCUAACUUCACAGAACACAACCACGACUUUAAAUCGCUUAAACUCUCUGCUAUCAGUACAAUGUGUAGAUAUUCAAGUGUAUAUGUUUUAUGGCCUGCUUAGAGCUGUGUGUUUUUUAAAUUUUUAUUGUAGAUAACUUUGCUUACUAUGAAAAUCUGCAACAGCUGUAUGAGCUCUGAAUACAAGAUUUACUCACUGACUCUCAUGUACUGUGAUUAUUUAAUUAUAUUGAAGCAUAUUUAUUUAAUGUCCAUGCAACCUCAAAACUCAUCUGUAUGCAUUGUUUUGCUUUCACCUUUUUCACUAUCCAUUUACCUUUUUAUCAUUGCAGCAGAUUAAAUCAACUCCUACCUGAAA